AUGGUGAAAGGAUACAGUCAAGCCCGUGAGCGGCAGAAGGGAUCGAGGAAGCAUGGCUUUCUUUUUCAUUAUGAGAAGGCCACUAGCGAUCUACAAAAAUACAUCGCUUUUCGUGAGCACGCGGAUCGUGAUCCUGUUUACGCUUCUCCAAAUAUCUUUCACCGUCGAUUUCUUCAAAAUCAACGGUGCAAAAACUUUCCUAAAAAAAACAAAGAUGUUUUAAAAUCCGAGCCCGCCUAA